AUGCAAUCCCUCUCCCGACUCCGAUUAACCAGCGCCGUCGCGCCUGGCCGCAUUCACACGCGUCCAACCCUACGAGCCCUCUCACCAGUCUACACCCUAACCCGACUAUCCAGCACCUCACCGCGCCGACUAGACCUCCCUGCCCUGGACAAAAAAUGGCACGCAAAAUGGGAAAGCGACCGCGCCGCGCCGCGCUCAACACCCGACGAAACACAUAAACCCAAACCCAAAUCCUACAUCCUAUCCAUGUUCCCAUACCCGUCCGGCACGCUGCACAUGGGCCAUCUGCGCGUAUACACGAUCUCCGAUGUGAUCUCGCGGUUCUAUAAAAUGCGCGGACAUGACGUGCUUCAUCCUAUGGGGUGGGAUGCAUUUGGGCUGCCGGCGGAGAACGCGGCGAUUGAGAGGGGGAUUGAUCCUGCGGUCUGGACGCUGGAGAAUAUUUCGAAGAUGAAGGAGCAGUUGAGGUGUAUUUCGGCGGAGUUUGAUUGGGAUCGGGAACUGGCUACAUGUUCCCCGGACUUCUAUGAGCAUACUCAGCGUAUCUUUUUGAUGCUGUAUCAGAAAGAUUUGGCAUACCAGGCGGAAGCGCUGGUUAAUUAUGACCCUGUUGAUAAGACUGUUUUGGCAAAUGAGCAGGUUGAUGCCAAUGGAUUCUCCUGGAGAUCUGGGGCUAAGGUUGAGAAGUUGAACUUGAAGCAGUGGUUCUUUAAGAUCACUGAUUUCAAGGAAGCACUUCUGAAAGACCUCGAUUCUCUUGCUGGGGGAUGGCCGGAGCGUGUCCUGUCAAUGCAGCGCAAUUGGCUUGGAAAGUCUUAUGGGGCCAAGGUCACAUUCCCUGUGACCGUCGGAGACGCGGGUGACCAAAUCGAUGUGAAUGUAUUCACUACCCGACCAGACACUUUGUAUGGUGUGGAGUAUCUGGCACUCUCUUUGAAUCACCCUAUUGCGUUGAAGGCUGCCGAGAAAGACGAGGCACUUCGCAAAUUCCUGAGUGAUGCAUCGUCGCUUGCACCGGACUCCAAAGUAGGAUACCGGCUAUCCGACAUUGAGGUGUCUCAUCCAUUGUGCAAAAUCGACACAGAAACCCCCCACUUGUUGAGGAAGCUUCCUGUCUUUGUGGCUCCUUACGUCCUUAGUGAUUAUGGCGAGGGAGCAGUCAUGGGUGUUCCGGGCCAUGACACCAGGGACAUGGCGUUCUUUAAGGAAAAUGUGAACACCGACUCGAUCCCUGUUAUCGAGGCUGAGCCAACUGGCAAAGAGGCAAACAGCAGUGUCAUCCCGACGUCAGACACAAAACCUUUCACACAAGAGGGCUUCUUGACCUCGCGCUGCGGAAAGUACCAAGGGUUACACUCCAAGGAGGCAUCAAAACUGAUUGUCAAUGACCUGGAGCAGGUCGGUCAGGCUGCGUUCAUCGAGAGCUGGCGCCUACGGGAUUGGUUGAUCAGUCGCCAGCGAUACUGGGGUGCGCCCAUCCCCAUCAUUCACUGCGGGGACUGUGGUCCUGUGCCGGUGCCCGACAAGGACCUUCCAGUAAAACUGCCGAAGAUCGAGGGAGAGUGGCUCAAGGGAAAGAAGGGAAACCCUCUAGAGUCCUCAGAGGAAUGGCUCCACACAAAAUGCCCCAGUUGCAAUGGUCCCGCUCGACGCGACACAGACACCAUGGACACUUUCGUGGACUCGUCCUGGUACUUCUUGCGGUUCUUGGAUUCUGCUAACAAGGAAGCUCCGUUCUCUCCUGCAGCGAUGCAGCCGGUGGAUGUGUACAUCGGUGGUGUCGAGCAUGCCAUUCUGCAUCUUCUCUACGCUCGAUUCAUUUACAAGUUCCUUUCUCAAUCUGAGCUGCUUCCAGCUAUGAACUCUGAUGCACCCGCAGAACCAUUCAAAGUGCUCCUCAGCCAGGGCAUGGUCCACGGAAAGACCUUCACUGAGCCCUCGACAGGCCGCUUCCUUCUUCCGUCGGAAGUUGAUCUGACCAAUCCAGACAAGCCUUUAAUAAAGGGAACACAGGUUGCCCCUAAUAUUUCUUUCGAAAAGAUGUCCAAGAGCAAGUACAACGGCGUGGACCCUACUAUCACCACAUCAAAGUACGGCGCCGACGCAACUCGCGCACACAUCCUGUUCUCCGCACCCGUCAGCGAAGUUCUAGAAUGGGACGAAACCAAGGUUGUCGGCGUCGAGCGCUGGUUCGGCCGACUCUGGAAACUCGUCCAAGACACCCAGCAGACCCUAACGGAGGCAUCAUUCUCCGUCUCGGAAGCAGAUCUGAAAUCCUCUACCCACGUCGCUCCCCUCCCGUCAUCACUACAGGACCUGAGUGACUCCGACGCAGACGCAAUCCUAGCCACCCACAACACCAUCGCAUCUGUCACCACCUGCAUCGAAAGCGACCCCUACGGUCUGAACACAGUCAUCUCAGACCUAACCAAGCUGACCAACACCCUGGCCUCAACCCCCGCCUCCUCCCCUCUCAUCCUAUACCUAUCCAUCUCCUCCCUCCUCCGUCUGCUAGCCCCCAUCGCCCCGGCCUUAGCCUCUGAAUCAUGGGAAGUCCUGCACGCAACCACAAAAACCACCUCUACAAAACCAGUGCCGUCAAUUCUCUCAUCACCCUGGCCCAGCACCCUCCUCACACCCUCCCAAGCCGAAACCCUCUCCUCUCGCGGCGGCCAAACGGUCGCCGUCCAGAUCAACGGAAAGCUCCGCUGUGCUGUGACCAUCCCGCGAAUGGAGUCGGCGCCAGCGUCGCAGGGCAAGAAUGCUCCUUCGCAGGAAGAACAGGAUUGGAUUGUCAGUCGAGUGUUGGAGACUGCUGAGGGGAAGACGUGGCUUCGGGAGAAGAAUGACUGGGAGAAGAGACGACGGGUUAUUGUUGUUAAGGGGGGGUAA